GAGCCCCCGCACGCCCUACCGCGCCUCCGCAGGGGCCGCCCGGCGCCCGGGGCGUGGCCUCGUGCGGCGCCGCCCCUGUCGCCGGCGACCGGGCAGGCGGGCGGCUCGCAGCGGCGGCUCCGACAUGGCUGCGCUGGUGGAGCCGCUGGGGCUGGAGAGGGACGUGUCGCGGGCGGUGGAGCUGCUCGAGCGACUGCAGCGCAGCGGGGAGCUGCCCCCGCAGAAGCUGCAGGCCCUCCAGCGAGUCCUGCAGAGCCGCUUCUGCUCCGCCAUCCGAGAGGUGUAUGAACAGCUCUAUGACACCCUGGACAUCACGGGCAGCGCUGAGAUUCGGGCCCACGCCACGGCUAAGGCGACAGUGGCAGCCUUCACAGCAAGUGAGGGCCAUGCACACCCCAGGGUGGUGGAGCUGCCCAAAACAGAUGAGGGCCUGGGCUUCAACAUUAUGGGGGGCAAGGAGCAGAACUCCCCCAUCUACAUCUCCCGUGUUAUCCCUGGAGGCGUGGCUGACCGCCACGGAGGCCUGAAGCGCGGUGACCAGCUGCUGUCCGUGAAUGGUGUGAGCGUGGAGGGGGAGCAGCAUGAGAAGGCGGUGGAGUUGCUCAAAGCAGCGCAGGGCUCCGUGAAGCUGGUGGUGCGGUACACGCCACGCGUGCUGGAGGAGAUGGAGGCACGCUUCGAGAAGAUGCGCUCGGCCCGCAGGCGCCAGCAGCACCAGAGUUACACGUCGCUGGAGUCCCGAGGCUGAAAGUGUCGCAGAUCUAGACCCCAUCUGUCCUUCCCUGUACAGUAUUUAUUGCCACCAGCUCCUUAUUUAAAGAUCUUGGAACCAUCA